UGUCGUAUUCUGGGCACUAUAUUCCUGUUGCACGCACUACUGGACAUAACUAUGUGCCACGAAAAAACUCUUCGAAAGAUUGUUCGAAACCAAUCCAAAAUGGUACAAAGACCUUUUUACGACAAGAGCGGAAUGUCCGCAACAGGCAUGGCUGGGCAUUCAUAUCUUAACCCGUUAAAUAUCCACCGAGCGAGUUCCAGCAGAACCGUACCCGCGAGGAGCCAGCAUCUCCGUCGUGUGCCCUUGGUGCCUUCGGCAGUAAACAUUACACGCGGAAAAAUAUUCUCCCGAAUGAAGACAUCGCAAGCAGAAAAUUUACAAACCAUUGAACUUAGGUCGGCCAGAAACAUAUUUUUAAAUAGCUCCAAGAUAAUGCCUCAAAUUUUUGACUUGUAUUCCUUAGAAAGUAAUAAAAACAGUGGAAACGACUCGACCUGGGAAAAUAUAAAAGGCAUCCCUCGAAAACCCUCUCCUUUCUUUCCUGCAGUAGACGACAACCACUUGCAAACAAUUGAAGCUCACCCGCAGCCUCCGCACCCGCAGGCGAAGGAAACGAUAGUCAUUCCCAUUCCUGAAAGCCAAGGGAAAUAUGAGACCGACGAUCCGCUACUUGUAAAAGGAAUAUUUCGGGCAAAAGCGCCGACGAGUAUAAAACCCAAUGUAAACAUUGAACCAAAUGUAAACCGGCAAUCACUACUGGAUUAUGAUAGCCAAAAACUUGACUAUUUUAUGGAAGUACCUAUGAAUUUGCCCAGCAACGAUGGUCACAAUAUGUCAAUUGAGGGAUUUCACAUAUGCGCCUCCAUCGAAUCAAUUAGGUCAAAUAUUGACGCACAAAAGAGAUUUACUGAAUUUGAUAUAGAGCCUUCCUGGAUGAGGAAACGAAAUUUUUGGAACAAUAUUUAUAACAGUCGCUACGAAUUUCUAAUGAGAAAUUCAAAGUGGCCGCCAUUGAAGGUUAUACUAGUACCUCGCUCACAUGUUAAUACUAUUUGGAAAAACACUUUUGAGCAUUAUAACAAUAACUCUGCCAACAAAAUCAUUUCUAACAUCGUGAAGAAGAUGAACUUAUAUCCUAACUUAACUUUUAAUUGGAAUGAAAUAUCCCAUUUAAGUAAAUGGUGGAAAACGACCACUCAUAAAAACCGCGCGAGUUUAAGAAAAUUUGUAACAGCAGGAAGAUUAGAAAUAACUACUGGAGGUUGGGUCGAAUCUGACGAAGGAACAACCCAUAUAUUUGGCCUCGUGCAUAAUCUGAUUGAAGGACACCAGUGGCUCGCGGAGCACCUGAACUAUGCGCCGGACGUGGGGUGGCUCACCAACAGUGUCACCCACAGUCCCACACUGGCCUAUCUAUUGUCUGCGUCGGGCAUAACAAAAUUAAUCUUCACCAAUGUUCAUUACUCGUGGGAGGAGUAUUUCGCAGAGUACCAAAUAAGCGACUUCGUUUGGGUUCAAAACUGGAUCAAUGAAGGAUCAUAUUCGUCAGAGCUUAAUAAACUAUUAAAACAAAUAGGACAAGAUCGUUAUCCCAGCAAUUCUGUACUAUCACACUACUUACAGUUUAACACGGACGGAUUUGGAGCAUGUGGGCCAAAUAAACAAUUAUGUACCACUGAUUUCGAUUUCUUCAAACAUGCCCAAUCUUGGCAUAUACACGGAUACAACGUCAAAGAGAAGUCCGAACUCAUUCUCGAGCAAUAUUCCAAGACCGGGACCCUGACACCUCAUAAUGUCAUUAUUGCUCCAAUUGGAGGGCCCCAUCACUUCGCAAAUCAAGAGGAAAUUGAUUACCAGUACAAUAAUUACGAAAAAAUUGCUGAAUUUAUCAACGUUAAUCGCAAUAUUUACAAAGCUACUAUUGAGUUUGGCACGCCAAUGGAUUAUUUUAAGUCAAUCUUAAAAAGAAAUUUAAAGUAUCCAAGUUUGAAAGGAGAUUUUUUAAAUUUUGCCGAUGUGGAAAAUGGCAUCCCGGCGUAUUGGACAGGCUAUUUCACAUCCAGACCUUUACUUAAAAUUUUACUAAGGCGUCUUCAAGCAACCUUGAGAUCUUCAGAAAUAUUGUUUUCAUUUGCGAUAGCUGAUUCGACAAACGACAGCCAAGAUAUUGACGUAAAUAUAAUUGAGCUAUUAACCAAAAGUAGAGAAACCGUCGCCCGAUUAUUAGAUCGCAACGUGAUAGGCGGCACCCUGUCCAGUAAUGUGCUCCGGUACGUGCACGAGAGUAUCUGGACAACGGUGAACGACUGCUGGAAAAUACAGGAGGCCAUGGUUAGUUUGUUCACGACAAAUAAGACGAGAAAAAACCCUUAUUUAAGCAAGUACGUGUAUCGAGACGGUGAGUUUAUAUCAGUAUUUAGAACUAUCAGUCCAGGAGAUAACGUGUUAGUGUUUAAUUCUUUGAGCCAUGAGAGAUACGAGAUAAUAGAACUGUUCACAAAAAUACCAAACAUCCGAAUUGUUGACCACAACAAAAAAGAUGUCGCGGUCCAGGUCAAUCCUGUAUGGAAGUACGACCUUAAUAAUGUUGUAGUUAUAUCUAAACAAUUCUUCAAAAUAAUGUUUGCCGUUCUUAUCCCUCCGUUGACAAUUGAACUCUUCAAAGUAAAGGAAUCUUCUAUGCAGCCACUUAAUACAGCCACGAUAUAUUGCGUACAUUGCAUUGUAGAAGAAGAUAUGAUUAGUGGAUUAUAUUUCCCUUUUACUAUUCAGCCUAUUGAACAUGGGGAUGUUCAGCUGGAAAGUUAUAAGCAUCGCCUAGUAUUUGACGAAAACACUGGGUUUUUAAAAACAGUCGUAGAGAAAGACACAUAUACGGAAAAGCCGGUUGUGAUCAAUUACGGAGCAUUCACAGGAUCUUACGUAAAUUCUGGGAUGUUUUUACUUAACACUAAUACGACAAAACCAAUCCGAGAUAUAUUGAAACCAUACAGAACAACAAAAAUAUUUAUGAUAUUGACAGGACAACUGAUCACUGAAUUUACUUCAGUAUACGGACAACUACUACACCACACUGUGAAAUUAUUUAAUGUACUUAACAGCCCCUUAUCGAGCGCCAUUUUAAUCGAAAGUAAAGUAGAUUUAGACAUAUCACCAAAUAACAGAGACGUAGAAUUAUUUAUGUCAGUACAAACGGACAUUUACAACGGUAAUCCUCCAGAGAUCUAUAUCGAUAAUAACGGAUUUCAAUACACACCUCGUACUAUUAAUGUAACUAGACGCAUUGAAUCUAAUGUGUAUCCUAUAACGACACUAAGCUACAUCCAAGACCGAAAGCAACGGUUAACUGUUAUUACUGACCAUGCCCAAGGAGUGACUGCAAUGCAAGAGGGACAGAUAGUUGUAAUGCUGGACAGGAGGGUCCUCUUCGACGACGGCCGGGGGGUCAAUGAAGGGCUCGCCGACAGGGGCGCUACAUACCAAAGACAUUAUAUCCUACUGGAAAACUUCAGCCAAACAUCUAAGUAUUACCCCGUGCCCCAUUUAAAAUCUGUCCAAUUACCUAGUUUCAAGGCUAAUUAUUUAUCUAAUACUUUCAAUUACGACAUAGACAUUUUUAUAAUAGACAAGAAUGUGACUGGGUAUUGCUUAUACGCUAUCAUUCCUUUAAUUAAGGCGACAUAUCCAUGCGACGUGUUUUUACUUAGUUACAGAACAUUUUUAGACGGCAUGACUUCAAAACGUUCGUCAAAAAAUGUAGGUUUGAUGAUUUUACAUAGACAAAGCUUUACUUGUCAGAUCAAUUAUGAGUCACUAGUGCACUGUGACGUAGAUCCUAAUCUCUCCAUACAGAACAUACUUCCAUCCGCAAGAACAGUUUUUAAAACUAAUUUAGCGGGUACAAACGAGGGUACACGUUUAAAAUAUAUAAAUCUAGAAAUGUUUCAGCCAAUGGAACUCUUAACUUUAAGAAUACAUUCAUGAAACUGUAC